AUGAAAAAGUGCAACUUCCUGAAAGACCAGGACUCUAGCAUGUCAAAAAUCGAGUUGAAGCAGAGCCUAGAAAAAAUAGAAAAGGUCAUAAAUGAUGCAUGUGGAUUUUUUGAACAGAUGAACUUGCCAAACAAAAGUAAUGCUAAUUUGAGCAAACCUGCCAGCUCACGAGGUGCGGUCACUACGGCGAGGCCUCCACCUCUGGUAAUCGGAAGAGAUAAAGAUUGUGAUAACAUAGUUGCAAUGCUUCAUGAUAAGGAAGAAGAUGCUCAACCAGAUACCAAUAAGGCUCAAUGCUAUUCCGUAAUCGGCAUUCAUGGCAUCGGUGGUUCUGGAAAAUCAACCCUUUCACAACUUGUUUGUGCUCGUGAGGAAAAGGAUGGCCAUUUCAACCUUGUUAUGUGGGUUCACGUUUCACAGGAUUUUAGUGUGGAUACCAUUUUCAGGCAGAUGUCUGAGGCCGCUAGCAGGACCCCGUGCCCUCAGUUCAAUAAUCUUGACACCUUACAGACUAAUUUGCAGAAGAAACUGCAUGGAAAACGGUUCCUCUUGGUACUAGAUGAUGUUUGGUACAAUAAUAGAGAUGUGAGGCAGUAUGAGAAGCUGCAACAGAUACUUUCACCGCUGAACGCUGGAGAGGCAGGAAGCAAGAUCCUGGUGACUAGUCGAACUAAAGACGCAUUGAUAGCUCUGGGUGCUGCAGAGCAAAGAUGUAUUCCCAUGUCACUGCUAGAUGAAGAUGUCUUCCUGAAAUUGUUCAAGCACUAUGCAUUUCACAACGUGUGCGUUGCUGCUGAUGACCGGAUAAGACUCGAAGACAUUGCAACUCACAUUGCAAAAAAGCUGAAGGGAUCACCUCUGGCGGCCAAACUUGUUGGAGGGCAGCUACGUAUGAGGCCAAACAUCGAUUACUGGAGAAGUUCCCGAGAUGGGAACCACUUGGAUGACACCAUGGGAGCUCUGUGGUGGAGCUACCAACAUCUUGAUGAACAGGUCAGACGAUGCUUUGCUUACUGCAGUAUUUUUCCUCGAAGACGUCUCUUGGAACAACAUGAGUUAGUUAAGCUUUGGGCUGCAGAAGGGUUUGCUAGAAGUAGCAAUGAAGGGAAGGAUUUGGAAGAUGUUUGCCAGGGAUACUUUGAUGAACUGGUGUCAGCCUCAUUUCUGCAACCUGAAGUAAAGAAGUACUCCAGUAAGAAGGACACUUAUAUAGUUCAUGAUCUGUUGCUUGAUUUAGCAGAUAGGGUUGCUGGAAGUGAUUGUUUCAGAAUAGAGAAUCAAUGGAAACAGAUAGGAGAUGGCUUAAUAAUGGAAGGAUGUGAAGAGGAAGUUCCCCCAGACGUCCGCCAUCUUUUUGUUCAGACCUAUGGUUCAGAAUUGAUAAAUGAGAAGAUAUGCAAAUUGGACAACCUGCGCACUCUCAUCAUUGAUGGCGUAGAUGUCAGAAUACAAGUUGAGGAGAAAACCGUCAAGAGUCUGUUUGUGAGGCUAAAGAAGUUGCGGGUGCUUAUCAUACCUGUCUAUAAUGAUCAAGGUACAUUUUCAGUCCCAGAAUCUAUUGGUCAGCUAAGGCAUCUACGGUAUCUACGGCAUCUUCCUUUUGAGACUAGAUUUUUCUGGUGUUGA